AUGUCUAGUGGUGUAGAAAUUGAAUGGGAUGACUUAAAGGCCAAUGGCUUUGGUCUCCUCCACGACUCUCUUACACGUAAUAGGUUGCCUGCUUUGGAAAAGAUCCGCAAGUUUCUUGUUUCCGGCGACGCAGACCUGUUAGCGGCUGAAAAAGAGACAUUACAGAAACUAGCAAUUCUUGUCUUGAGAACGUACAACUACUACCAAGACAAAAAGUCGCGAUCCGCUGCUUUAGCAGUUUUACAAGCUUAUGUUGGUUACGAUGGGAAAUACUUGCAAGUGUUCGUGUCCUAUGUACACGAAGCAGCCACGAAAUCUUCGAACUUGGCUCCAACAGACAUUCUUACGUUGCUAGCGUGGGCAAAUAAAUUUGCAGAGCUUGAGGUUCAGGCAAAAUCAACUUCGCUCUGGCCCCAGAUUGCUGAGGCCCAGGCCUUGUUGCUCCACUCAUGUUCCGAGGCGAAUACGUCUCAGGCUCUUCACAGAAGGAGGAUUCUCGUAUCAGCUGUGGCGAACACAAAAAAGGCUUUCGAGUCUGUUUUGACCUUCGGACUGGCUGAAGAUGGCCAGAAUUUGGCACGGUUGUCUGUAGAGCUGAUGGUUAAAUCAACCAUUGGACCAUCUGCAGUUUUGUUGUACCUUGGUGUUUUGGGCGAUGCCUUGGCUCACAUGCAACCAGAAUAUCCUUCGAUGUAUGAAACAUUGAAAACGGCAGACAAUUUGAAUUCUGAUGUGGUCGACUAUGUGGCGAACCAAGCCAUUCUUGCCAAAGUUCCACCUUGUUCUUAUGCACUCAGGACGUUCACAGUUUCUUAUGUCGGUAACUUCAUCAGCAACGAGCAAGUUAAUGCCAAGAUAAUCCCAGCUAUAGAGAAGGCCAUUAUGCGUUCCUCGGAGUCUGCAUUUACUCAUCUUACUUUGCCCUUUUUCGGUACAAAGGAUAUUAUCGAUCUCAGCGAUGUUUUUGCUUCCAGCAAGCUCUUCACACACAUUCUCAGUGGCAUCAAGUCAACAAAGGAGAAUGUCAGAGAGAAGGCAUUUGAAACUUUAUGUGCAGCCUUUUCUAAUACCUUGCCUCGCCUUCUGGUCGAGGACUCCAAUAAAAUCAUCGAUGAGCUUUUCAAAGCAUUUAAAGGCACUUCCAACGCUGAUAGCAAAGUCUUCCUUGUCAAGGGCCUCAAAAAAUUGGCUCAUGUGGAUGAUUCGGUGACUGCAAAGUUAUUAUCCAGCACUCUUCCGUUGACUGCUAAGGAGCAAAACGAGAUCAUCCUUACCCCAUUGGUUGAGGUGUUGGCUUCAGAGUAUAUUGCCGUCUUGAAGUCAGGCAAGCCUGUGGUGUCGGACGCAGAAUGUUCCCAGAUUACCGCACAGUUUGAAGCAGGCUUGCAAAAUCCAAAGUUGCCUCUUAGAUCAAUAUGGGCAACAAAGCUUGGUGACAUUUUGUAUUCGGAAAAGUUGUCCGAGUCUUCCAAACUCGCAGAAUUUCUUGCAAAGGUUUAUGCUAGCUUGCUCAAAUCUCUUGAGGCGGCACAAAAAUCUCCGUUGUUGACUGUCACCAACAAAGGUAUUUCUUGUGCAUACAUUUGCAUUGCCUUGAGUAACUUAUACCAAUCCUCUAUUGACACCAAAAAAGUUUUUGUUGACUCGCUUGCUGAUUCUGAGGAAAAAUUUUCUAUUUUGACCAGUCCAAAGGUUAUUUCUAAAUUAUCAGGUUCAGAACAGGUUUGGUGUUUGCGUGCGUUGGUAGCAAGCUGGAAGCAUGCCACAAACCACAUUGCUUAUGCAAAAUCCUACUUAUACUUUUUAAUUUCGUCCAACACACUUUAUCAGACUAGACUUGAAGCUCUCGAAAGCUUGAAAACACUUCUUGCCGUCGAUUCUGCUCAGGUCAGCGAAGCGUUCAUUUCCAGCAUCAAAGAAAUUGUUUCUCUGGCAGAUACUUUGGGUGCAGAUGGCGAUCUUCACUACAAUUUAAAGAAUUUAGUCCCCGUGUUGAACUAUCUUGUCCAGGUACCAGAUAAGGAAGUGAAAGCGAAAGGAUUAGUGGAGUUAAUACUGGUGGCUCAUCAUAGCCAAAUUCCUGUCAAGGAAAGAUGGAUUGGUUUUGUCUUAAGAGCUUCUCUUGACCCGGAGACUCUUGUUGGAGAAUAUGCAGAUUACAUUCUUCAACAACUUUACGAUAAUCUUUUGAAAGCAGAACCAGAAACAGAGUCCUAUAAAGCUGCAUGCAGAGCUAUUGCUACUGCUGAUUUCGUGAAUCCCGGUGUUAUUCCCGAUAAGAUUGCUAAAUUAUUGAAACUGGAUAUUGAUGUCAAUAACCUCUCGGAGAUAGACGCCACAAGUCUUCAAAUUUGGAAAGCACCUGAAGGUGAAAUGGUUGUCGACGUAUUGAACUCGAAACCCAAAAAGGCGGAAGAUAAAAACACCAAGGACUAUGAGACCAGAAAAUGGGAAGAAAGUUUGAAGAAGGAACUUGCGCAAAAGAAGAACAAUAAGAAAUUGACGAAGGAAGAACAAAUUUUGGUUAAAGAGCAAUUGACCAAGGAAUCCGACAUCCGCAAGAGCGUGAGUGAGUGUAUCAAAAAGUUUUACCGUGCUUUCUACGUUAUCAGGGAAUUGAGCGGAAGAGAUUCCGUCUAUAUUCGGGAAAAUGAUUUGCUGUGGCUUUUGGUGGUCUCCAUAGAUAUGAUUGAACUCUUGAAGUCUCCAUUAUCAUCCGAGAUUUUUGGCACUUUUGGAACAGACAUUUUUAUUGGGGUUUCCAAUAUCCUUACGGCUAGACUCGGUUACUUGAAGGAGUCUGUAGGUGUGGCAAUCUUGAGAGCUAAUAACAUUGAAGGUGUGAGGGAAAAUUUCCUCGAGCAACCACUUCUAGGUUUGUUGAGCAAAGUGUUGUUCCGUAUCAAGAUUUUGGCGGACGACUACUUCGAUAUCCUUUCUUUCGCAUACAUUCUCCCAUUGAUCACCAGAAUGUUAGAUACUGGCAAAGAAGUCGCGAUUCGCAAUUCGAAAAAGCAAGUAGUCACUUCAGAGUUUGCGGAUGAAGAUCCAGAGGAAGAACUUCUCUCAUUGGUUGUGGAUAUCAUUUCGUCGCAAUCGAUGCUUCAAAAUGAAGCCAUUCCACGGUCGUCUAUAAUUAAGCUGUUGAUUUCUUUGAUGGGAAUUCGCACGAAAUCCAAGAUGGCCAAAGAAUGUUUCCUUACUGUGUGCCAGCAAAUUUCCAUCAAUGUCGUGCUCUCUGAUGUUCAAUUAUUACUCGAAAACCUCAUCACGACCGAUAACUUUGUGAAGACCGCAAUUCUUCAAGGUCUUGAUUCGCAGUUCGAUUUGACCGAAGAGAUGUCUUACUCGAGUGAAAUUUGGAUUUCUUCCUAUGAUAAUGAUCAUAAUGUGGCCGAACUCGCCAAAACUAUUUGGAGUGAUAACGAAUUCGCACUCGUUUCUAAUGCCCCAGAUUUAUUGAUGAAUUAUAUCUCGAGCGAAGAUGCUGGUAUGCGUUUGACCGUCGCCAAAGCAAUUGUUGCCAGUGUUGAAGUUUUACAAGAGGAACAAAGCGACAUUUUCGAGUCGACACUUCAGAAGUUACUUGACUUGUUUUGCGAAAAGCAGAAACCACCUCCACCCUGA